AUGAACAACGGACGAAAGAAGACCUAUUUUGCGGGACGUCAGGAGGCGCGCAAGGAUGUGGAGUGGGUAUUUGGUGUGCUCCAGGCUCGAUGGGCGGCAGUGAAGGGUCCAUCACGGCUGUGGUAUAUUGACAACAUCGCUGAUCUCAUGUACGAAUGUAUUAUCAUGCACAACAUGAUUGUCGAAGAUGAAAGUCCAACACUGACUGAUUGGGUCAAUGAUAAUGUUGAUGCUGCCGGUCCAAGCCAUGGCGUGGCCACCGCCAACGUACGUAUGGGGAUACCCCAUGAAGAGGCCGAUCAGGUUCGUGCAUUUGCCGACAUGCGCCAACGACAAGCCCAUAUUCGACUUUAG